UGCUGGCCUCUCUUCAUCCCACCGUUUCAACCCGAUAUUCCUCUGCAAACACCCCAGCACAAGCACGCCGACCCCUUCAUCACCAUGGCCUCCGGCUCAGGCUUCCUCUCGCACAGACAAGAGCCAUCAGGAGAAAGCAGUACUGUCGGCACUCAUGCAAACUCCAAAUCUGCCUCCCUAGAUGCGCUGGAUGAAUACAAGAAGAAGGAUCCAGCGAAGGUCGUCGUCCGAUUCAAGUCUAUAGGAUCAGCGCCUAUCAUGAAGAACAAUGUCUUCAAAGCUACCGCAGGACACAAGUUCCAGGCUGUCAUCAUGUUCCUGCGGCAGCAGUUGGGCACAAAGAAAGAAGACUCUCUAUUUACCUACAUCAACGCUGCGUUUGCACCAGCCCCUGACGAUACUGUGGGAAACCUGUACAAGGCGUUUGGUACUGAGGGACACUUGAUCGUCAACUACAGCAAUACUCAAGCUUGGGGAUAGCUCGGCUGGGUUUGGCUCAAAUUUUGUAUCACUCAUAUAUAGAGAUGGAGUGAAGUUUUGUACAGUAUGAUUACAUGCAGCCACGUCCAGGGUG